CUGUUAGCCGCCGCAACGCCAACACGAAUGAAUCGUUUUUGCGGCAACGAGGAGAACUUGCAAAAAAGGCAAGAGGCAGCAAACUAACUUGCAUUUGGCCAACAAACCAGGAUGUCCGAAGACGACGAGGCGGGCGUCCAUCGGCUGGAGGGCACCGAUGGCCAGGAGUCACGCGGCGGCCUGGUAAUACGGAAACCCAAGGACGCCGCCCAAACAAAAAGCAGCGGUGGAUUCAAGGUGCCACAGGGAUCACUAUUGGGACUAGACAAAUUGGCAGCUAAGCGUCGUGCCGAAAAGGAACGUUCGGAGCGUCUGAUCUCCUUUCAGGACAACGAGUACGACGACACAGCCGGUGGAAGCUCUACGCCACAGCCAAACGUCUCCAGUUCCGGUUCUAGUGAGUUUGCCUUUAAAAAACCCGACACCAAGAGCUUCGAAAAGCUGCGCGGCCAGUUGCGCGAGCACAAGGACGAGACGCCGACGCACACUGGCGGUGUUUCCGUAAAGGCUCGCGAACGUCUACGUGAGCACAUCCAACGGGACAAGGAGCGCGGACGACAGCCCAUCUCCACCUCGACAUCGGAGAGUAGGGACAAGGAUCGCGAUCGUGAUUACGAUCGGGAUCGGCGCAGGGAUCGAGACAGAGAGCGGGAUCGAGACCGCGACAGGCGUCGCCAGAGGGACAGAGGAAGGGACCACGAUCGUCAUCGCAGCCGCGAUCGGGACCGUGAUCGUGAUCGCUCCCUGUCCGAACGCAGUGUCCACACGCCGCGGGAGCCUGGAACACCAGGCAGCACCAGUAGCGGCGGUGUAUCCAAUAGCUCCUGGGACGAUGAGGAUGGCGAGGGCAGCCACCGCAAGUCAGACUGGGAUAUGCCCACGCCCAGGCGUCAUGGAAGCCAGUCUCGUGAUUGGUCAGUGAGAAGCGGUGGCAGUCGACGACAUGGAAGGCAGGAUGACUCGGCCCGUCCUACACCAGCGCAUCGCUAUAAUCAGUGGGCCCACGACCGCAAACGCAGUGGUGCCACACCCUGGAACGAGGAUCCAGAGUCGCUGGAUCUCUGGGAGGAGGAGCAGCGUCGACUGGAUCGCGAGUGGUACAACAUAGACGAAGGCUACGACGAUGAGAACAAUCCGUUUGGCGGUGCCAACUCCGAAUACUUCCGCAAGCGCGAGGAGCAGUUGGAGCAGAAGCGAACAAAGAGAAUCAGCGCCCAGCAGCGGCAGAACAAUCGAGACAACGAGCUAUGGGAGCGAAACCGCAUGCUAACCUCGGGCGUUGUCACGUCGAUUAACGUAAAUGACGAUUUCGAUGAGGAGGCCUUGGAGCGAGUCCAUUUGCUGGUGCACCACAUUAUACCACCAUUCCUUGACGGCCGAAUUGUGUUCACCAAACAGCCGGAGCCGGUGGUGCCUGUUAAGGAUCCAACUUCGGACAUGGCAUUGCUUGCACGAAAGGGCAGCGGCCUGGUUCGUACAUAUCGCGAGCAAAAGGAACGUCGCAAGGCUCAGAAGAAGCACUGGGAGCUGGGCGGCACUAAGCUGGGCAACAUUAUGGGUGUCCAAAGGCCGCAAGAUGAUGAGGAUGCACGUUUCGACAAAGACAACGACACUGCCGACUAUCGCAAGGACCAAAAGUUUGCAGACCAUAUGCGCGAGCAGGAGACGGGCGGCAAGAGUGAUUUUUCACGCAAGAAGACCAUUUCAGAGCAGCGUCGCUUCCUGCCCGUGUUUGCCUCGCGUCAAGAGUUGCUCAACGUGAUCCGUGAGAACUCGGUAAUCAUUAUUGUGGGCGAGACAGGCAGUGGAAAGACCACACAACUAACACAGUAUCUACACGAGGAUGGCUAUAGCCAGCGUGGCAUGAUCGGCUGCACACAGCCCCGUCGAGUGGCUGCUAUGUCGGUGGCCAAGCGAGUCUCCGACGAGAUGGAUACCCAACUGGGUGAGGACGUGGGCUAUGCUAUUCGAUUCGAGGACUGCACCUCAGAGCGCACGGUAAUCAAAUACAUGACGGACGGUAUCCUGCUACGAGAGAGUUUGCGAGAUCCGGAACUGGAUAGCUACUCGGCCAUUAUAAUGGACGAAGCCCACGAGCGGUCCCUGUCCACGGACGUGCUGUUUGGAUUACUGCGAGAGAUUGUGGCCCGACGACAUGACCUAAAGCUGAUCGUGACCUCCGCCACAAUGGACUCCAGCAAGUUUGCAACCUUCUUUGGCAACGUACCCACAUUUACCAUACCGGGACGUACAUUUCCCGUGGACGUGAUGUUCAGUAAGAACACCUGCGAGGAUUAUGUGGAAUCGGCAGUGAAACAGGCGCUGCAGGUUCAUCUCACGCCCAACGAGGGCGAUAUGCUUAUCUUUAUGCCUGGCCAGGAGGACAUUGAGGUGACGUGCGAGGUUCUCGAAGAGCGGCUGGCUGAGAUCGAUAAUGCACCGCAGUUGAGUAUCCUGCCCAUCUAUUCCCAACUGCCAUCGGAUCUACAGGCAAAGAUCUUUCAGAAAUCUGGCGAUGGGGUGCGCAAGUGCGUUGUGGCCACGAAUAUUGCGGAAACAUCGCUCACAGUCGACGGCAUUAUCUACGUAAUCGAUUCUGGCUACUGCAAGCUAAAGGUUUACAACCCUCGCAUCGGUAUGGAUGCCCUUCAGAUCUAUCCCAUUUCGCAGGCUAAUGCUAAUCAGAGGAGCGGUCGAGCGGGACGUACAGGUCCCGGCCAGGCAUUCCGGCUGUACACGCAGCGCCAGUACAAGGACGAACUGCUAGCCCUUACAGUGCCCGAAAUUCAGCGCACAAAUCUGGCCAACACAGUGUUGCUUCUAAAGUCACUGGGUGUCGUCGAUCUAUUGCAGUUCCACUUUAUGGACCCGCCGCCCCAGGACAACAUUUUGAACUCGCUGUACCAACUGUGGAUCCUUGGGGCCCUUGACCACACGGGCGCUCUUACCACUCUUGGACGUCAGAUGGCCGAGUUCCCGCUCGAUCCGCCUCAGUGCCAGAUGCUGAUCGUCGCUUGUCGCAUUGGAUGCAGUGCCGAGGUGCUGAUUAUAGUUUCCAUGUUGUCCGUGCCCUCGAUCUUCUACCGACCGAAGGGUCGCGAGGAAGAGGCUGAUGGCGUUCGAGAGAAGUUCCAAGUGCCCGAAUCCGAUCAUUUAACCUACCUCAAUGUGUAUCAGCAGUGGCGCCAAAAUAAUUAUAGUUCGUCUUGGUGCAAUGAACACUUUAUCCACAUCAAGGCGAUGCGAAAGGUUCGUGAGGUGCGGCAGCAGCUGAAGGACAUAAUGACGCAGCAGAACCUAAAUGUAAAGAGCUGUGGCACCGACUGGGACAUCGUGCGCAAGUGCAUCUGCUCGGCGUACUUCUAUCAGGCGGCAAGGCUCAAGGGUAUAGGGGAGUAUGUUAAUUUGCGUACGGGUAUGCCUUGUCACUUGCACCCCACGUCCGCACUAUAUGGUCUGGGCACCACGCCCGAUUAUGUAGUCUAUCAUGAGCUGAUUAUGACUGCCAAGGAGUAUAUGCAGUGCGCCACGGCGGUCGAUGGCUAUUGGCUCGCCGAGCUGGGUCCCAUGUUCUUCUCCGUCAAGGAGUCCGGUCGUAGCGGUAGGGAGAAGAAAAAACAGGCCGCUGAACAUCUCAAGGAGAUGGAGGAGCAGAUGUUAAAAGCACAGCACGAGAUGGAAGAACGCAAGCAGCAGGCGGCCGAGAGAGAGGAGCAGUUAGCCGCCAAGCAGGAGAUUGCCACACCGGGAAAUGCCACGCCCCGUCGCACGCCCGCCAGGAUUGGCCUUUGAGCAGCUCCCAGAGAUCUUGGACCCAAAGAGAUCUCUGUGAAAAGCGUUCGAUCUAUUCAUAUAUGUAUGUAAGUUUCACAUGUUUUUUUUCUAUACCCUAAUAAAGAAUCAUUGUAAACUGGA